AUGAGGCGAAUGCCGGUUAUUGGCAACGACUCCACCCCGCAAACUCUCUCGUCGCGGCUUUUGGUUUCAAGCUUUGAAGAAUCCCUAUCGCCCUUUGAUAACGCGUUUCGCAUAGCCGAUGGAAUUGCACUCGACACAGACGCCGACCGCUGGUAUGGCAAGAUCAAAGGCCAAGCGGGUCUCUCGUGCAUGUCUUUCAUGCCCGAUUCGGAGGGAGUUUCUGGUGUGCCUCCAUGUCGCCGAUGCGUUGAACAACAAUUAGAAUGUGUUCUCACAAAGUCGAGACGUGGAGGGCGCAGAAUCAAAGGCGUUCGUACUUCUACUAUUCAACUGGCCAGUCACGACAAUGAAGGCCAUGACCUAGCUACCACUACGCACGACGACGACGGCAGCGAUUAUCAUAGCCGGCAAACAAGUCAUUCUCACCCCGACCAGCAUCCAGCCGGCACGGAUGAUAUGCGAGGAUGGUUGUCUUCGCAGCAAACCGGCAACUGGCAAGGGGAUAGCCAUGACGAGGGUGGUUCCACUCGCGAGCUCGCGGAAUCGAGAACGAGUUCAGAUGGUUUAGAAGGACAUAUUGCCACUACGGAUCUUUUGAAUCCCUCGGAUGCCCUCGAUCUUCUCGCUCAAGUUGCCGACUUGGAUCCCAGUAGACAACGAAAUGCAUCGGCGGGGCAAGCUGACUCAAACAAUAGACUCGUACACGGUAUGCAGCAGGCAAUUGGUAGAUCAGCUACCAGCUAUUAUCCUCCGCUGGAUGAUGGAAUCCUGACACCGUCAGAGGCGUCUUAUCUUGUCAAGAGAUAUCAUGAGAAGUUCCAUCCCUUCUUUCCAGUGGCUCAUAGUUCCAUAUUCGAAGAGGGUUCCAUAUCCGAAUGGGCCGCCAAGGAGCCUCAUCUCUUGACAGCUAUUCUCACCGUCGCCUCGAAAGAUGACCCGUCUUGGUUUAGAGUGUACGACGCGUGCUCUCGCCACAUUGAAACGUUCAUGUCAAAUCUGAUAUACGCUGGAUCCACAUCUGUUGGCUCUGUGGAGGCGCUUCUCAUUCUUGCAGAAUGGGCGCCACAACGCCCUCAAGAAAAUUCCGCCAUAGGGUGUGGUCAAGAAGAUCAUGGUGCUUGGAUGCUUGUUGGCUUGGCGAUUAGGCUAGGAUACCUGCAGAGGCUUGAGCAGACAGCACUGUUGCCGGACGAGGGAAAGCUUUCUGCAGAAAUGAGUCGGAAACGGGUUGUUUGGGCAGCAUGCUACAUGUGCGACCGACAAGUGUCAAUCCGACUUGGGAAGGGAUUUUGGUCGCGUGGGCCUGGCCCGGCUCUUCAUUUACGCGCUGCAGACUUUCCGACGUUACAUGAGCAAGCGCUUGGCCCUGACAACAUGGGGCUGUUGUUUCAAGCCCACCUUGAACUGACCCAGCUGAUCAGCAAUGCCCAUGAUAUUUUGUACUCGUCAACGAGUCACAGGCAGCAGUUGUACAUAGGUGGAGAGUAUGUCAGAUACAUUGAUGAUUUUGCUUCCAUGGUACGGAAGUGGAAACUUUCAUGGGCAAACCACAGCUUCACACCUCCUGUGAAAGCAUCUUUGGUGCUAUCAUUCGAAUUCUUGCGGCUCUACAUCAACGCUUUCGCUUUUCAAGCUAACUUGAACAGGGCUGCAGCUCGGAAUGCUCAAGUAGGGUCAGGGAAGACCAGCGGGCCGCUGUUCUCCAACGUUGCUGGAAAGCCGGAUGCCCGAUUCAUCUACGAGUCAAUCGAUGCUGCGAAUUCGCUGCUCAGCAUAUUGAAUAGCUUUAUCGACCCUGUGGCUGGUCUCAAGUGCAUGCCACUGAAAUACUGCCUAUAUGUCAUUUAUGCUGCCGUAUUUUUGUUCAAGGCAAGGCUGGCAGGAGCCAUCAGUAGCGAGGGUGGCGACCGCGGAGUCCGGCGUGCCAUCCAGGGCACCAUUGCACAGCUACAAAAAACAUCGGAUAACCCACAUAGCCUUGGACGGCGAUACGCCACAUCACUUCGUCUACUUUGGAGAAAAUCUUGUACGAAGCAAUCAAGCAAAUCUGCCUCUCAUCAGGAUCCCUUGACUGAGCCGUCAACGCCGACAAUGGACGAGGUCGAAAGACACGAUGGCAUUCCUUUACCGCCCAGCGGUAAACCAACGAUGGAUAUGGACCCUUUGAGCGGAUUUUCAUGGAGAGAUUUGGAUUCUUUGGGACAAUUUAUUGCCAGCAACUCAACAAUGAGCAUGGCAGAUGGGAUGCUUGCUGGUGCAGACUUUGAUUGGGAACACAGCUCGGGUGGUCUUGAUGACCUUGUAGUGCAGCCACAGUUUGACACGAGGUGGGCUGGACACGAUAUAAUUUUCUAA